GAUAGGGAAACUGCACUUUUUUGAAUAUUCUUCAUUCACAAUCCCUUUUUUGUUCUUGUAAUGAAUUCUAAUAUGUAAUAUUCUUAUUACAUCAGUGGUUAAUUUGGUCUCAAAAUAUUGUUUAUUGGCAAUAAUUGUGUUGGUUCAACAAAAUGUGUUAUCGGCCCUAGCCUAAAGACGGGAGUGGAGAAGAUUCCCUGGACUGCCUACCCAACUGCAUCACUCGCUGCCCUUUGACCCCAUCCUUGUCACCACAAAAACGGACCACCAGCCAAUCCAAAACCGAGCCCCCACUACUGAGGACAAAUAAAAGGACCAUUUACACAGCCGGCAGGCCCCCCUGGUACAACGUCACUGGGACCACCUUCAAAGAGGCCUUUGUCAUCGGUCUUUGUGGAGGAAGUGCUUCUGGAAAAACAACAGUAGCCAAUAAAAUAAUUGAGGCGCUUGAUGUUCCUUGGGUGGUUCUUCUCUCCAUGGACUCCUUUUACAAGGUGCUGAAUAAAGACGCGCAGGAGCUGGCGGCGAGGAACGAGUACAACUUUGACCACCCUGACGCCUUCGACUUUGAGCUGCUUGUCAGCAUCCUCCGAAAGCUGAAGAAAGGAAAAAGCAUUAAAGUUCCUGUGUACGACUUCACGACGCACUGCAGACGCAAGGAAUGGAAAACUGUAUACGGUGCCAAUGUGGUCAUCUUUGAAGGCAUCCUGGCCUUUGCUAACAAGGAACUACUAAAGCUGCUGGACAUGAAAGUAUUUGUGGACACGGACUCAGACAUUCGGCUCAUACGCAGGCUGAAGAGGGACGUUUCUCAGCGUGGGCGGGACAUCAACGGCAUCAUCAAGCAGUACAACAAGUUUGUCAAGCCAGCUUUUGAGCAGUACAUCGAGCCCACCGUGCCACUCGCAGACAUCGUGGUGCCUAGAGGUGGCGACAACUUUGUGGCACUGGAUUUGAUUGUUCAGCACGUUCACAGUCAACUGGAGAAGCGUGAGAUCAAUGUGAGGUCGGCUCUGGCCUCGGCCCACCAGGGUCAGCCUUUACCCGAAACCCUGAGCGUUCUGAAGAGCACGCCACAAGUGCGCGGCAUGCACACCAUCAUCAGGAAUAAGGAGACAAACCGUGACGAGUUCAUAUUCUACUCUAAAAGAUUAAUGAGGCUCCUAAUUGAACACGCCCUCUCCUUCCUGCCCCUCAAGCCCGUAUCUGUGGAGACGCCUCAGGGUGGUGUCUACGAUGGCAUGUGGCUGAGCGGUAAAAGAAUCACUGGCGUGUCCAUCCUAAGAGCUGGAGAGACCAUGGAGCAGGCACUCACGGCUGUGUGCAAAGACAUCCGACUGGGAAAAAUCCUCAUCCAGACCAACCACGACACGGGUGAACCUGAGCUGCACUACCUGCGACUGCCUAAAGACAUCAGCGAGGACUAUGUCAUCCUGAUGGACAGCACCGUGUCCACAGGCGCCGCUGCUCUAAUGGCUGUCAGAGUGCUACUGGACCACGACGUGCCGGAGGACAAGAUCUUCCUGUUGUCAUUGCUGAUGGCAGAAAUGGGCGUCCACUCUGUGGCAUACGCCUUCCCUAAAGUGAGAAUCAUCACCACCGCUGUGGACAAGGAAGUCAACGAGCACUUCCACAUCAUACCGGGCAUCGGUAAUUUUGGUGACCGUUACUUCGGCACAGAUGCUCCGUCAGAUUGGUGCGAAAGUGACGACGGCAUGGACUUCUGACAGAACACUCGGAUGGUUCUAGAAACACUUAAUGUGUGGACUUGGGGUCAGAGAACGCCUUGUUGCCUGUCCUCUGCUGUUUGUGCUCAAACGUUAAUGUCCCACAACAUACUUGAUGAAGACAACUUUGGUUACCAGUAAUGUGUUCAUGAUCAUGUGUGUUUUUAUUUUAUUUGACUGAUUUCCUUUUGAAAAGGGGCAAUGUUAUGAUAUUAGGAAGUUUUUUUAAAUAUUUAAAAGCAUGUGGAAAUUGGCUGGUGAACCCUAACUCAUUCCGUGAUUAGAAUAAAAGGUUUCUUUUUAAGUGGAA